GGACCGAUCAUGGGUGACUGGAGCUUUCUGGGAAAUAUUUUAGAGGAAGUCAACGAGCACUCUACGGUGAUCGGCAGGGUGUGGCUCACGGUUCUCUUCAUCUUCCGCAUCCUCAUCCUGGGCACGGCGGCGGAAUUCGUGUGGGGCGACGAGCAGUCCGACUAUGUGUGCAAUACGCAGCAGCCUGGCUGCGAGAACGUGUGCUAUGAUGAGGCCUUCCCCAUCUCCCACAUCCGCCUGUGGGUUCUGCAGAUCAUCUUCGUGUCCACACCGUCUCUGGUGUACGUGGGCCACGCCGUGCACCACGUGCACAUGGAGGAGAAGCGUAAGGAGCGCGAGGAGGCAGAACUUAGCCGGCAACAGGAGCUGAGCGAGGAGCGACUCCCGCUGGCACCCGACCAAGGGAGCGUCCGCACCACAAAGGAGACCAGCACGAAAGGAAGCAAGAAGUUCCGACUAGAGGGCACCUUGCUAAGGACCUACAUCUGCCAUAUCAUUUUCAAGACACUCUUUGAGGUGGGCUUCGUGGUGGGCCAGUACUUCCUGUACGGCUUCCGCAUCCUGCCGCUGUACAAAUGCAGCCGCUGGCCCUGCCCUAACACCGUGGACUGCUUUGUGUCUCGCCCCACAGAGAAAACGGUCUUCAUCAUCUUCAUGUUGGCCGUGGCUUGCGUCUCACUCUUCCUCAACUUUGUAGAGAUCAGCCACCUGGGCCUCAAGAAGAUCCGUGUUGUUUUUCGCAAGCCGGCCCCUGCCCCGGCGCAGGGCGAAGGCUCGGCCACCUUGCCGCCGGGGAAAAGCCUCCCUCCCUUGGCAGUGUCCUCGUUGCAGAGGGCCAAAGGUUACAGGCGGCUGGAUGAGGAGAAAGCUCCCCCUAUAACACAACUGUACCCGCUGUCGGAGGUUGGCAUGGAAGCCGGCAGGGGUGCCCCACCCUUCCACGGGCUGGAGGAGAAGGCCGAAGAGGAGCUUCCCAUGGGGGACAUCCCCAAAGCAUACGACGAGACUCUGCCCUCCUACGCCCAGACCACUGAGACUGGAGGGGUGACAUUGCAGCAGGCGGAUGCGGCCAAUGAGCCACCGCCAGUGGGGGUGGAGGGUGGAGAGUGGCAGGGUGCCAACGUGGAGGUGGAGGGGGCGGUCACCACGGAGGGAGGAAGCGCGGUGGCCCAGGCAGGGAGGAAUGCGUCGGAUACGAUAGAGGACAGCAGACCUCUGAGCCGACUGAGCCAAGCUAGCAGCAAGGCCAGAUCGGACGACCUCACUGUAUGA